AUGCGGGGAAGACGUGACCGCGGGCGGACCGCCGGCGCAGACCCGCCCGGCUCCCGCCACACCUACGGGGGGAGACACGUGGGGCAGGCGAGGGUCUCUCGCCCUCCUCGGUCGCCGCCCGGAGACCGUCUCUGCCCGCACACUGACUUCCCGGCCACCUGCCCUCUCCUCCGGCCCCGGGCGCCCAAGCCGCCGAGCCCACCUGCAGCUGGAGCAGCCCGGGCUGCGCACCGACCGGCUGAGCCCUCGCCGCGCCUCCAGGGUCCCGCCCAGGACGGGGCAGGUGCCGCCAAAGAGCCCUGCACCUGCGCGCGGGGCCAGGCCAGCCCCGCCCAGCAGCGACUGGCCCCGCCCCUCACGCAGGCCAGCCCCGCCCAGCAGCGCAGGCCAGCCCCGCCCCUCGAGCAGGCCAGCCCCGCCCACCAUGCUCUGCCCCUCUCCUCCGCCCCGCCCGCAGGCCCCCGAGUCCACGCCCCAUCCCGCAGCUGCCCUGAGAAUCAGCAUUUCCCCAGAAAGCGAUUUAGGAAUGCGGACUGCACCCAGCGGUGGGGCCGCAGGAGGGGCGCCCUGGCGGUGGACAGACCCUCGCUCCCCCCGCCCGGAGACCCUCGCUCCCUCCCGCCCGGAGACCCUCGCUCCUCCCGCCCGGAGACCCUCGCUCCUCCCGCCCGGAGACCCUCGCUCCCUCCCGCCCGGAGACCCUCGCUCCUCCCGCCCGGAGACCCUCGCUCCCUCCCGCCCGGAGACCCUCGCUCCCUCCCGCCCGGAGACCCUCGCUCCCCCCGCCCGGAGACCCUCCCUCCCUCCCGCCCGGAGACCCUCCCUCCCCCCGCCCGGAGACCCUCGCUCCCCCCGCCCGAGACCCUCGCUCCCUCCCGCCCGGAGACCCUCGCUCCCCCCGCCCGGAGACCCUCCCUCCCCCCGCCCGGAGACCCUCGCUCCCUCCCGCCCGGAGACCCUCGCUCCCUCCCGCCCGGAGACCCUCGCUCCUCCCGCCCGGAGACCCUCGCUCCCUCCCGCCCGGAGACCCUCGCUCCUCCCGCCCGGAGACCCUCGCUCCUCCCGCCCGGAGACCCUCGCUCCCUCCCGCCCGGAGACCCUCGCUCCUCCCGCCCGGAGACCCUCGCUCCCUCCCGCCCGGAGACCCUCGCUCCCUCCCGCCCGGAGACCCUCGCUCCCCCCGCCCGGAGACCCUCCCUCCCUCCCGCCCGGAGACCCUCCCUCCCCCCGCCCGGAGACCCUCGCUCCCCCCGCCCGAGACCCUCGCUCCCUCCCGCCCGGAGACCCUCCCUCCCCCCGCCCGGAGACCCUCCCUCCCUCCCGCCCGGAGACCCUCGCUCCCUCCCGCCCGGAGACCCUCGCUCCUCCCGCCCGGAGACCCUCGCUCCCUCCCGCCCGGAGACCCUCGCUCCCUCCCGCCCGGAGACCCUCGCUCCCCCCGCCCGGAGACCCUCGCUCCCCCCGCCCGGAGACCCUCGCUCCCCCCGCCCGGAGACCCUCCCUCCCCCCGCCCGGAGACCCUCCCUCCCUCCCGCCCGGAGACCCUCGCUCCCUCCCGCCCGGAGACCCUCGCUCCUCCCGCCCGGAGACCCUCGCUCCCUCCCGCCCGGAGACCCUCGCUCCCCCCGCCCGGAGACCCUCGCUCCCUCCCGCCCGGAGACCCUCGCUCCUCCCGCCCGGAGACCCUCGCUCCCUCCCGCCCGGAGACCCUCGCUCCCCCCGCCCGGAGACCCUCGCUCCCUCCCGCCCGGAGACCCUCGCUCCCCCCGCCCGGAGACCCUCGCUCCCUCCCGCCCGGAGACCCUCGCUCCCUCCCGCCCGGAGACCCUCGCUCCUCCCGCCCUGCAAAGAAAGGGAGUGGCUGGGCAGGUGGUGCAGCGGGGGAGGGAGCCCUCUGUCUGA